AUGAAAUGUGAUUCUCUGGAACCUGUUUUGAAGCUUUCUGAAACUUUUACUUUUGCCAUCUCUAUCUUUCAAUCUUGGACGGAAAAAACUUUCUUUGGUUUGAUGAGUGAGCAAACUCGAGCAUUUCUACGGAUUCUUUUUGAACACGUUGGCUACCUGUAUCCUAAUCUCAUCAGUCUAACUCUUCUGACAAUUGGCUUAAUUCUUGUAAUACUAUUCCGAAAGAGGUUAGUACCAUUAAAGAUGGUUCCAAAUACGGGGGUUCCCGCCCACUACAAACAUGGUAUCUUCUACCAUAUGUAA